AUGGCUCCCACUACUCCCAAAGUCCGUCGCAGUACCCGUGUUCAAGAAGCACCUGCUCUGAAGAAGCAGAAGGAAGAAGAGGAAGCUCUCAAGCUCGCUAGUCCUCCGCCGAGCACCAUCAAGUCCAAGAGCGUCAAGUCCAAGACUACACCCAAGGCCAAGUCCACUACUACUCCGAAAACCAAGGUCCUCAAGUCCAAGCCCACACCAAAGCCGAAGACGAAGUUCGUCGGAUACCCCACAAUUAACGACGUCAAAUUCUCCGACCCACCCAACGGCCGCACCAAACCCAUGCCCAAAUUCUGGACCAACGCCGAUGCCUCAGCCGGCAUCGACGCCGGAUACUAUUGGAAAAACGCUAUCGGAGAGGUGUAUUUAGCGAUGGACUGUUUAAAUGGAGUGUGCAGGAAAUUGGAGGAGGUGAAUGACGGACACAAGGGGAAUCAGGGGUUGUAUCAGGCGAGGGAUUUGUUGAGGGAGUGGAGGGAUUGGACGAUUAAAGACGACACCUUCACCCACCCCCUUGCACCCAAAUCCACCCUCCCAACCGAUAACAGCGUCACCCACGAACCAUCCCAACCCGCCACUCCGAAGAAAAUGUUCCCAUACCUCUACCCUCCCCUCGAACCAGACUACGAACCAAAAUGGCAGCCCAUGUGGGGAACCUGGCCCACUGCACCUAAACAAGGCCCCAAAGCCUGCACAUUUGACAAGUACUACUACUUCUCCUUCUUAGGGGACGCUCCCAGGGCUCAGAGAGCGCUGGAGAGUCUGUGCAAGACGCUCGAAGAGUCCGGAUUUGGAGGGGACGUGGAGAAGGCGAACAAGCCGCUUUUUGAUGCGAGGGACGUGCUGAGGGAGUGGACGGAGUGGAGGGAUAGUAUUCCGCCGGAUGAGUAUUCUUAUUGA